UUUUAGACGAGCAAAUUCUAGAAAGAACAUAAAUGUUUGAAAAAUUGUCUAAAUUCAGGAGGAAAAAAACCCCAAAACUGUCCACCAUAUUUCCCUGCCUUCACGUAGAACGACUCGCCGUUGCCAUAGCAACGUCACGCGCAGUCGGACCGCAGGAGAAGUUGGCAGCAGGAAUCAUCGGCUCAAACGUUUACGAACGACUUGUGACGCGUUUCGUAAUGAUGCAGGAGUCACGGCUCAGCAACCUCCAGAGAAAACAGAUCAAUGAAUGUCUGAAAAAUGGAGCAGCUUUGCCACUGGUUCCUGAACACACGUCACCAACCACUCCCGCUCAGCCUAAAUCCAGUAAAUCUGUCCACAAACACCUGCCAGGCAAGCCUCAGAGACGCAGCGCUGAGUCAUGUCGUUCUGGGAACAGCUACGUCAGAGAAAAGUUCUGGCCCGUCCCGACCAGAGACUUGGAGAAGGAGAAGAGGAGGCUUCAGCAUAUGAUGGCAACAGGACAGGAAGAGCCCACAGCUGCAUCUUCCCUAAAUGCUCCUACAUGCUGGCGCUCAGGAGUGAUGGAGGAGAGAGACCGGUACCAGGAAGUUCUGGACGAGAUCGAGGAAAGGCGACAGUUUCUGUCAGAAAUGGCUUCCCUAGGUCAGGAGAAGAAGUACAUGAGUAUCAUCAACACUGAAAUAUCCCAGAAAAUAAGAGAACUGGAGGCUCUGGAUAAGGCCCACAGCGACGUCCAAAAAGAGGGAACAGCGUGCACCACGGACGACACAUAACAGUGGAGACCAACUGCUGGUCGUUACUUUAAAAUCAUGACGUGUCCUCUAAUAACACAGAGGACAUGUCAUCUUCAUCUUUGGCACCUGGUGGAUUUCUUUUCCUCAGAUCCAGUUGUAUUUUGUUUAAGCUUGUUAAAACAGUCUGAUGUCCUCUUGGGAGGAGGAUGUGUCUGCAAAAUAAAUCAAAACAACCUACUGUACACAAACUCCUAAAACAAAACAUAACAUACACCCGUACAGUUGAGGCAUAUAACGGUAGUAAAGACGAAACAAAAAGGUCAGAAUGUGAAAGUGUUAAACUCACAGGAGACAGCAUAAUCUGGUUGGAUUAAUUUAUUUUAGUCCUCUGCCUUCCAGUGUCAGUAUCUCGGAUAAAAUCCUGCUGCUGCGUUAGGACGAUGCUACUGUACAGAAGAAGCCCUUGGAUUCAGCUGGAGAGGAAGACGGGCACAGAGCAGACACACAGUGGACUUAACCAUUUACAAUGGAGGACAGACAGACAGACAGACGCUCUACAUGACAGAACAAAACCAGGAGUCAAAACAAUACAGGUUUUAUGAAGUGAGCCGCAAAAAAUGACACCAACUAGACUAUGCAAAUUAAAUAAAAUGGCAAAAAGGCAGUAUUACCAUAAUGUCUCUUAUCCACGUUUAAAGGCAAAAAUACAAAUGAAGAAAGGCAAAGUAUAUAAAUUAAUGAUUGCAUAUUCAGGUUUCCUCCCAGUGGUUAAAAAUGUUUUUGUCUGCAGUUAUUAAAAUGCUGAAUAUUUGACUCAUUCGCUCAUAUUCAUUAUUGCAUGUGUGACCUUUUCAUAUCAAUGAAAUAAUUUAAUACUAAUAAAACAACAACUCACAUUUCCUACAGUUGAUCAGUU